AAUUUUGUGUGGGCCUUUGGUUACUAUGGCAACGGACUUGAAGCAGUUGUAUCUGAAGUAAACAUGGCUCUACCUAGGAUUUGGGAGGAUAGGGAGAUCCGCUUUGACUUGCCUGGCAUCGAUCUGCAGCCCAGGUCAGGUGAACACAUAUUGAUGCGAUGUGAAGGCGUGGAAGACACCAAAGGGAAUGCCGGUGACAGUGGCUCUUUGUCAAUCAGCAAUCUUCGAGUUGUGUGGAAUUCGCACGUCUCAUCCAGGAUAAGUUUGUCUAUUGGAUACAACUGUGUGGUGCAGGUCACAACUAAGAUUAUCAAUUCAGUGAGUUUCAUACUGUUGAUUGUUCCAUAUCUUUCACGAUUUGCCAACAACUUUCAGAAAUUAAUGGGAGUUGCCAAAGCUUUAUACAUACUGACCAGAACUCCAUCGGCGCGCUACGAAUUCAUUUUCACAAAUCUUGAUGCCUCCGACAUACUGAAACACUAUAAUGCAGUGCUGGCUGUUUACAAGUCAUAUUGUAGUUCCAGACUGUACAGGGAGCUGCGGCUGAGGGGAGCAAUUUUUCAUGGUCCUGGUCAGUUGAGAACAUUGAGAAAUGAAAGGAUUAUGAACACAUUGAGAGGAGUGUGGAACUUGGCCAGUGAUCAGGGAAGUCUAGGCACAAUGUUGAUUUCAAACAUUCGUGUUGUAUGGUUUGCUGAAAUGAACGAGCACUUCAACAUUUCUCUGCCUUUUCUACAAAUCAAACAGGUGAGAGUUCGAAACUCAAAAUUUGGAGACGCGCUGGUCCUGGCGACUCAGGAGGGUCCUGGUGGUGGUGGCUACGUGUUGGGUUUUAGAAUAGACCCUGCUGAGAAACUGCAAGCUGUUUGUCAAGAACUGAUAGCCUUGCACAAAGCGUUCACCAGGGAGCCAGAUUUUGGGGUUCACGUUGAUUUCGCUUCCCCAGAAGUAACUCAAGGAGAAGAGGCAGUGCAGCAAAUUAGAGAGGAGCUAGCAGUUGAAAAGGAGGUGCAGGAAAUUGAUGAUAGGCCAAAUGAAAUGUCAGAUGCUCUGGUCAACUAUUAUGCUGCUGGCUCUGAAUCAACAAUUUCAGAAGUUAGCAAAAGCAAAAACCCUGUCAGCUUCUGCUCCGAAUUGGGUUUGGCCAUAGAAACGCCCAAAGAGGGUUUUACUGUUAAAUCUUUGUGGGAGGUUUUGACCAAUGAUCAAGCAUGA